AUGAGAGACCGCGAGAGAGAGCUGGCUGACUCAGUCGAGCGCCGCCGCCGGAGCGAAGCAGAGCCUCUUGCAGGGCUCUUCAACCUCACGCGGGAGAUGGAGGGGCCCGAGGAGGAGCAGUUCGACGUGGACCUGACCAUCAUGGACUUCCUCGCCUACAAGGCCAUCGACCUGGUCUUCGAGUGGAGAUCAAGCUCCAACCCAUACGAAUCCGACCUCCCCGGCGCUCUAGUUACCAUGACUGCGGAGUGGAGAACCUUCCUCAAACACAGACACGGCGGUCGCCGUCUCAACACGCAAGCCGCAUUCCGCUCGCGACUACUGCAGUUUGUUCUGCUCUUCAGUCACCGGCUGAACCACGACAAAACCUGGACCACUGAAGAGUCGUUAAACGAGAUCCGUGCGCUGAAUAAGAAACGCGGCUCUUAUUGGCAGCAGUAUACCGCACACGCCCCUGCGCUCCGCCAGCCGUUUGACACAUUGAGCGAAUUCCCUCUCUCGGAUGGCGCACUUGCCGAGAACCGGCACGAGCUUGCGUGCGCUCUAGGCAUGCCCCAAGACAAGCGCAGGUGGGUUACCGACGUGGAAGGCACUCCGUCGCUGCACUGUCUGCUACCCCUCUUCGUCGAACUCACUGCUGCGAGGGUCGACCUGGGCGACUGGGUGCCCACGGAAGGAUGGCUGGACCUAGUGGGGCAGUUCAUGCUUCAGGCCGUGCUAGAGGAGUAUCUCCGCAACGGUGCCUAUGGCGAGGAGUACUUCAACACAAUAUUUGCUUUCGGUUGUCCUGGCACCGAUCGACGGCCCGACGACGGCGCAGAUAUCCAAUCGAUGCGCACCCUCUUUUGCGUCGAGGGCAGCCCGCGCGAGCAGAUCCACGGCUGGUCAAGAACAAAGCGACGGUACAUCGACGAGCUUCUCCCGCAUGAAGGGUCGCCCACUUCCUUCCUCCAGGCAAUGGAACGUGCCCAGCGGCGCUUCUCGUAUACAGAUUUCGAGGACAGCAUGCUUUCAUUCCUGAAGUAUCUCCAUGACGGCCUUGUCAAGCCCGAUCUUGUUCAGGUCGAAGAGGGACGUAUCACUAUUCACGGCAAUGAACUUCCCGAGGCCGAUUCAAGAGAGAUGAUUCGGCGAAUGGGCCUGCAGUAG